AUGUUGUUCGAAUAUAUAAUCCUUCCGUCUUUCCUUUCUCCGGCGGAAUACGCGCAACGCGAGUUGGCAAUUUUCACCCGGUACACGCGGAUAGUUGCGGAAACAGUUACCUGGGGCGUUCUCGCACCUCGCGUACGCGUUCCUGGUUACGACGCGGUUACCAAGCAGUCGGGACACUGCGAACACACGUCCUACUAUUACGAAGUCGCAACGAAUACUGUCACUGUCACGGCACCGUGCUCCAAACGGAGCGCGCGUCAGUCGCCGAACGGACACGGAAACGCCCGAACUUGUUCGCCGGAGGACCACUGUGGUCCUGAUACCUUAGGAAAGCUGUACUUGAUGGAAUACGUUGAACCGGAGGGAACAAAAGCGUCUAUUACUUGGAACUAUUCCCAUCCGCGUUCAAAGCGUUACACUUUCGAGGACCUGAGGGCGGAAGUUGUCAAAGAAGCGUCUCUUGAAUCCGACAAAAGGCAUCUUCUCCGCGAAUGAUCUCAUUCGUCACAUUUUCGGUCUUUCUUUAACCGAAGACCAUAAAAAACUCUUCUACUUGUCACCCGAAAUUCUCGAAAUGUAUGAAAUCAAAAUUGAAAACGAAAAAAUGAUCUAUCCAUUCAUUUAAAAGCUUAGAUUCACGUUCUCGGUUUGUAUGCGAGUAAAGUUGUUUCAGCGCACGUGACUCAAAUAUGAGCGCCAUAAAAUUGUACAACUUUACUCUUAGAGUGAAAUAUUGCAGACUUCCGCGUACAGGAAAUCGUAUAGUCCACUGAGUAAAACCGACUAUCUCAAAUGCAAUCAAAGAUACACGCGAACUCCCAUAGCAACGGAUUUGAAUUUUGCUCAAGGCCGCGCGAAAUGCUAACAAUCAAUAAGAGGGACGAAAUAUUCAACAGCCGCUAUCUUUAUUUCCAUGCAAUGUUUCUUAAAACGCAGCUUGCUCACUGU